AUGGCAUCAUCGAGCCUGAAGAAAAUCGCCCAAACGAAUAAACAGAAGCUUUAUGAAUUGCAUCUGAUAAGUGCUACAGUGGUACUUUUGUGUGCUGCUAUUGUAUGGUUCUUCAAAAGACCUUCUUCCAUUAAACCAUUCCUAUUUUUCCAGCUCCCUUUAAUCGGCUGUCAGUACGUUAUUGAAUCUAGUUGCAGACCAAAGUAUAAAUACGACUCUGUUGGUGACUAUGAUAAGUUGGUAAGUUCUGGUCAUGAUAUGAACCAGUCAGGGUUAACUGAGUAUAUGACCGAUGUCAUCUAUUUUACCUGGAUUCUUGACAUAACAGUUGUUGCAUUGGGAUCUAAUAAAGUAUGGUAUUUGUUGUUAAUUAUUCCCGGAUAUGCUGCAUUCAAACUAUCUGGUUUCAUUAAAGGUUUCUUUCCUAGUAAACAACAACAGCCAGAACAGGCAUCACUCGACCCUCAAAAACCUGAAGGUAAGAGUAAAAGACAACAAAAGUUGGAAAAGAAUGGUAGAAGAAAGAUCUUAAGGUAA